AAGGAAGGAAGGAAGCACGUGAGGCAUUAUUAAACUUCUCGCGCUCUAAUCCGGGUGUAACGCGCGUGGUUUACGUGGUCGGAACGAAAACUAUGCGGUACGAUGAGGGGGCCAAGAAGAAUCGGUGGUGGCCUACCGAGCGGGAAAAAGCUGGAUUGCUGCCAGAAGGUGCGUCAAGCUCGAGGAGUAUUGUUGGUGUACUUGAGCAUCUGUGCAUUGCUGCCCGGCGCUAUUUUCACCGCGUCAGCACACGUACGCGUGACAUCCAACGAAGAUGCGCAGCGGCAUGUAAACGAUGCCAGUAAUGAUUUGAUAGAAGAUCUGCCCGUUUUCGAGCCGACAGCAGCGAAUGUCAGUGCGUUUGUGGGACAAACCGCAUAUCUACCGUGCCGCGUGCGAAAUUUGGGUGACAAAGUAGUUUCUUGGAUGAGGAGCAGGGACCUCCAUAUUCUUACUUCGGGAAAUUUUUCGUUCAGCUCAGAUGCGCGAUUCGGACCUCAGCACACCCCAGGCAGCGACGCCUGGACUCUCAGGCUGGAUAACGCCAGGAAGACGGAUUCUGGCAAGUACGAGUGCCAGGUCAAUACGGAACCGAAGAUCAUGUAUGCAGUGCAGCUCUCUGUGCGAGAUCCAGACAAACCAGAGGGCUAUGACGAGCCGCAUUCUCAGCAGACACGUAUAAGCUACGAGAGUACAGCACCGGUGGCAGACAUAAUGGGUCCCCGGGAGCAAAGGGUGCCAUCAGGCUCGACGAUCACCCUGAGGUGCGUCAUAUUGUCGCCGUAUCAGACCCGUCCCAUCAGAGGUGUACAAUGGCUUCGGGAUAACAAACUCCUAACAUUCCAGGCAGCGCGCGGAGGGAUAAAUGUAGAGACGGAAAAGGGUGCGGCACGUACAGUAUCCGUGUUGACUUUGGCGUCGGUGACUCAAGAUGACGUCGGAAACUAUUCAUGCAGGCCGACGGAGGGUCGAUCAGCCACUGUCAGCUUAGUCGUUGAGGAAGGGGAACGCACGGAAGCUAUGCAACGUGACGCCGGAUACGUCUCUUCCGGAAGUGACGUCAGGCACUGGCCCGGACUUCUGCUUCCGUUUUCGUGGUUUCUAAUACUCGCGCGCAACAGCCAAACUUUCUUGCUCUAGUGCACACCCGACAGUAUUUCACGCUUAUUUCUUGCCGUUUCCAACGUUGAAAUGUACCUAAAAUGCGACCAAGCAAAUCUAGAUUGUUAAGAUAAACUUUUAUAGAUUGUAGGAACAUUAUAUAUAAACUGCAUUAUAUGAUACGCUAAAUGAAGAGAUUAUAUACAAUUUAAAAAUGGAUUGCGAUUUAUUUGAAGGAUUCGAAUUUAUCUUCUACAAUAAUUGCAAGUACGUACAAAACAAGAAUAAUAGAAAGCUUGAUUUAGCUCGGGAAAUACCUUAAAAAUAUUAUAAUCGU